AUGGCAAAUCACUCAAGCUUCAGCGGUCGCAGUGGAGUUCGAGUGGUGGUCACCGGCGAUCGCGCCACCGGAAAAUCGAGCCUAAUAGCUGCCAUCGCGACGGAGUCAUUUGCCGAGUCCGUUCCGCUGGUUAUUCCGCCCACUCUCUUGUCUCCUGAUUUGUACCCCGACAACGUUCCUCUAACCGUCGUUGACACACCUUCUAGCUUGGACAAACAAAGCAAGCGUAACGAGGAGUUGAAAAGAGCUGAUGUUGUGGUUUUAACCUAUGCUUGCAAUGACACGAUGUCGUUUUCUCGGUUGAGUUCUUACUGGUUACCGGAACUGCAGAAGUUGGAGGUGAAGGCGCCUGUAGUCGUGGUUGGUUGCAAGCUGGAUCUUAGGGAUGAAAGCCAGCAAGUGAGCUUGGAGCGCCUCAUGACACAGCUCCUGCAACAGUUCAAGGAAAUCGUCACCUGCAUUGAAUGCUCUGCUGCUACGCAAUACCAGGUCCCUGAAGUUUUUUAUUUUGCUCAAAAAGCGGUACUGCAUCCAGUAGAUCCAUUGUAUGAUAUUGGAAGUCAAGCUUUAACAGAUCGAUGUGUUAGGGCACUGAGAAGAAUAUUUGUUCUAUGUGAUCGAGACAUGGACGAAGCCCUCAAUGAAGCAGAACUAAAUGAGUUUCAGGUUAGAUGUUUCAAUGCAUCAUUGCAAUCAUCUGAAAUAGCUGGAGUCAAAUCAGUUGUACAGCAGAAAGUACCUGAAGGAGUCAACUCACUUGGUCUUACUUUUCCAGGAUUUAUUUUUAUUCAUAAUAUGUUCCUCAAAAAAGGGCGUCCAGAGACAUUAUGGGCUGUUCUAAGAAACUUUGGAUAUGAUAAUAAUUUGAAACUCAAGGAUGAUUUCCUUCCUGUUCCUUCUAAGCGUGCUUUGGAUCAGAGUGUGGAGCUGACAGGUGAAGCUGUAGAGUUUCUAAAUGGUAUCUUUCGGCUGUUAGAUACAGAUAAAGAUCGAGCCCUACGGCCUACUGAAGUUGAUAAGUUAUUUGGUACUGCUCCAGAAAGUCCAUGGAAUGAUGCUCUGUAUGAGGAUGCUGCUGAGGUAACUGACAUGGGUUACCUAUCUCUUAAUGGAUUCUUGUCACAGUGGGCCCUAAUGACAUUACUUGAUCCACCAUGUAGCCUGGCUAAUUUAAUUUACGUUGGAUAUAGUGGUAAUCCUGCGGCAGCUCUCCGUGUUACUCGUAGAAGAGCAGUAGAUCGCAAGAAGCAAGCAACAGAAAGGAAUGUGUUCCAAUGCUAUGUUUUUGGUUCUAAAAAUGCCGGGAAGUCUGCUCUGUUGGAUUCUUUGGUGGGAAG